AUGCCAAAUUUAGCUUUAUUCACAUGUUGGCUCAUCCUUUCCUCCUGUUUGUAUCAGAAAGCAGAUGCCAUUCGUGGUUGUAAUGGUGCCGGUAGAGUCAGUUCUGCAGGUUUCCAUGUUGACUAUUACCACUAUCCAAUGAAGUAUGUUGGGGGUACUGACUGUUACGACGUCGAUCCCACUUACGGAUCAACCGAUUACCAACAAGGCGGUUACAAAACAUAUGGCGGUGGGUACAUCGGCUCAAGUGAUGGGGUAACGAAUGUGACUUUCGGUAUGACAAUUCAGACCGCUCGCUGCUACAGUAUCAUCAACGGUAACUUGCCCGCUGCGUUCAACUAUCCUGAGACAAUCGCGCUGUCUAAUUUCACCAUGGUUUUAUCAGGAUACUUUUAUGCUCGUAUGACCGGUGAUUACCAGUUCCUGCUCAAUAACGUUGAUGAAGCUGCCUAUGGUAGUAUUGGAGCUGGCAAUGCCUUCGAUUGUUGUCAAAAAUCUGACACUAUUUCGAACCCAACAACAUUCGAUUUCGGUGUUACAAGCUCUAGUGUUACUGUUAGCAUGCAAGCUGGGGUUUUCUAUCCAUUAAGGGUGUUAUAUCUCAACGCACGAGGCAAUCUUGCUAUGCAGUUCCAAUUUGUGGACCCAAAUGGUCUCCAGCAUCCGACAUUCAACGGUUACAUCUUCAACUUUCCGGACGACUCAUCUGGAAAUGGUUGUCCAAUUAUUGACGCUACCACUACCGAGCCAUGGACGCAAACAUUCACUUCGACAUACACGACAGAAACGGCAUGCGAAGUUGCUGAUGGGUCAAGCACUACUGAAGUAUUGGUUGUUGUUAAAACUCCAGUAGUCCAAACUGCCACAACCACCUACACCCCAUGGACCGGUGCUACUACCAACAGUAUUGGUACUGGAACUGUCACAGAGACCGGGUCAGAUGGUAUCCCAACCGUGAAGACAAUCUACACUGUUGAGACCCCAGAGGUUCAAACUGCUACCACCGUAUAUACUGGCUGGACUGGCGAAUAUACCAGCACUUUUGCAACUGAUCUUACGACAGUCACUGGUUCAGAUGGUAUUCCGACAAUAACAACCAUUUACUCGGUUAAAACAACAGCAGAACCUGAAUCGACCUACAGUAGUGGAUUCGAUAGCUCUACUACAUCGAAAGUAACCAUUUCUGACAACACUUCAAUAGAACCAACAUAUUCUUUAAGUACUGUCAGUACUUCUCACAAUGACAGUCAAUCCCAAUCAGUCACAGUAACUACCGAUGAUAGUGAAUCUGGCUCAGCUACCGCAACAGGAACUGACAAUGGUAAUGAAUCUGGUACUGGGUCUGCUUCGGUCACGGGUACUGACAAUGGUACCGGUAAUGAAUCUGGUACUGGGUCUGGUUCAGGCUCAGCUACCACCACAGGCUCUGGUAAUGAAUCUGGUUCAGGUUCUGCAACGGGUACUGACAAUGGUACUGGUAAUGAAUCUAGUACUGGGUCUGGUUCAGGCUCAGCUACCACCACAGGUUCUGGUAAUGAAUCUGGUUCAGGUUCUGCAACGGGUACCGGUAAUGAAUCUAAUUCUGCUUCCGCCACGGGUACUGACAAUGGUACCGGUAAUGAAUCUGGUUCUGCUUCGGUCACGGGUACUGACAAUGGUACCGGUAAUGAAUCUGGUACUGGGUCUGGUUCAGGCUCAGCUACCUCCACAGGUUCUGGUAAUGAAUCUGGUUCAGGUUCUGCAACGGGUACCGGUAAUGAAUCUGGUUCUGCUUCGGUCACGGGUACUGACAAUGGUACCGGUAAUGAAUCUGGUUCUGCUUCGGUCACGGGUACUGACAAUGGUACCGGUAAUGAAUCUGGUACUGGGUCUGGUUCAGGCUCAGCUACCUCCACAGGUUCUGGUAAUGAAUCUGGUUCAGGUUCUGCAACGGGUACCGGUAAUGAAUCUGGUUCUGCUUCGGUCACGGGUACUGACAAUGGUACCGGUAAUGAAUCUGGUUCUGCUUCGGUCACGGGUACUGACAAUGGUACCGGUAAUGAAUCUGGUACUGGGUCUGGUUCAGGCUCAGCUACCACCACAGGCUCUGGUAAUGAAUCUGGUUCAGGUUCUGCAACGGGUACUGACAAUGGUACUGGGUCUGGUUCAGGCUCAGCUACCUCCACAGGUUCUGGUAAUGAAUCUGGUUCAGGUUCUGCAACGGGUACCGGUAAUGAAUCUAAUUCUGCUUCCGCCACGGGUACUGACAAUGGUACUGGGUCUGGUUCAGGCUCAGCUACCUCCACAGGUUCUGGUAAUGAAUCUGGUACUGGGUCUGGUUCAGGCUCAGCUACCACCACAGGCUCUGGUAAUGAAUCUGGUUCAGGUUCUGCAACGGGUACUGACAAUGGUACUGGGUCUGGUUCAGGCUCAGCUACCUCCACAGGUUCUGGUAAUGAAUCUGGUUCAGGUUCUGCAACGGGUACUGACAAUGGUACUGGGUCUGGUUCAGGCACAGUUACCACCACAGGCUCUGGUAAUGAAUCUGGUUCAGGUUCUGCAACGGGUACCGGUAAUGAAUCUGGUUCAGGUUCUGCAACGGGUACUGACAAUGGUACCGGUAAUGAAUCUGGUACUGGGUCUGGUUCAGGCUCAGUUACCUCCACAGGUUCUGGUAAUGAAUCUGGUUCAGGUUCUGCAACGGGUACCGGUAAUGAAUCUAAUUCUGCUUCGGUCACGGGUACUGACAAUGGUACUGGGUCUGGUUCAGGCUCAGCUACCUCCACAGGUUCUGGUAAUGAAUCUAGUACUGGGUCUGGUUCAGGCUCAGCUACCUCCACAGGCUCUGGUAAUGAAUCUGGUUCAGGUUCUGCAACGGGUACCGGUAAUGAAUCUGGUUCUGCUUCGGUCACGGGUACUGACAAUGGUACCGGUAAUGAAUCUGGUACUGGGUCUGGUUCAGGCUCAGCUACCUCCACAGGUUCUGGUGAUGAAUCUGGUUCAGGUUCUGCAACAGGUACUGACAAUGGUACUGGGUCUGGUUCAGGCUCAGCUACCACCACAGGUUCUGGUAAUGAAUCUGGUUCAGGUUCUGCGACAGGUACCGGUAAUGAAUCUGGUUCUGCUUCCGCCACGGGUACUGACAAUGUUUCCAGCCCCGAUGGGUCUGAUAUUUCUCAAAUAGAGCCAACAUCUUCCCUAUGUAUUAUCACCACUACAAGAAAUGGCGUCACUACUGUUUACAGGACCACUUGUCCUAUUGAUACCACUGUUACUGAGAAAACAUCUCUAGAAUCUCAAUCCUCAAAGUUGGUAGAUGAAAGUUCUACUAUAGACCUCUCCAUUCCUAUAGAAUCAACAAAGGAUGGAAUGUCUAGUACUGAAAAAUUCCCUAAUACAGGGAUAAACAAUGACGAGGCUUCUAGUACAAACUCAACCACUGCAACAACUGCAACUAAUAAUAAUUCAGGUCAUUCAGUUGAUAUCACUACCACGUCUGAUGUGUCGAAUGAGACUGGAACCGCCCAUAAACAAAAUGGCUCAAGCACAGAAAAACAAACAGUAAAUUUUUCUUCAUCAUCAUCAUCAUCAUCAGCAUCAUCAUCAUCUAUAUCUGAGGUGGUGUCAUUAUAUGAGGAUAAUGCUGUCAAACUGCUUGGAACACCUUUCAUAGCAGCAAUUUUAGCAUUAUUAUAA